AUGUGAGGUGCAAGGUUAUCAGCGGUGUAGUAGACAGCAGCCGCCAGUGUUUCUAUACUUGUCAUUGAAGCAACACUAUGCCAGCCCUUAACAGAGACGGCCUGAAGAUUAUACAACUCGAUGUAAAAGACGUCAGGUUCCCCACUUCACUAGGAAGCCAUGGAUCCGAUGCAUUGCAUACGGAUCCAAAUUAUUCAUGUGCCUACGUCACCAUUACCACUGAAAAUGGCAAGCAGGGCUUUGGACUGACGUUCACAUGCGGCCGCGGUACCGAGAUCAUCGUACUUACAAUUAGGGCAUUGAAGAGAUUUGUACUCGGCAAGAACGCCGCGGACAUUUUCACAGAUUUUGCUAGUUUCUGGCGAGCUAUCACUAAUGAUUCCCAGAUGAGAUGGAUUGGGCCAGAGAAAGGGGUUAUUCAUUUGGCUGUAGCGGCUAUUCUAAAUGCACUCUGGGACUUAUGGGCCAGGAUUGAAAAUAAACCUCUGUGGAGGCUAUUGGUUGACAUGGAACCGGAGGAAUUAGUGUCAACUAUUGAUUUCCGUUACAUAACUGACGUCGUUACAAAAACUGAAGCGGUGCAAUUGCUGAAAGCGAAGAAAAGUGGAAAAAACGAAAGGGUGAAAUAUUUGAACGACAAUGGAUAUCCAGCAUACACGACUCAAGUUGGUUGGAUGGGUUAUAGUGAUGAACUGGUGAAAACACUGUGCCAUAAAUAUUUAAACCUCGGCUUCACACAUUUCAAAGUUAAAGUCGGAGUCAACUUUGAAGACGAUUAUAGAAGGUGUAGUGCUGUCCGCAACCAUAUUGGCAAUGAUAAAGUUUUGAUGAUUGAUGCUAAUCAAGCGUGGAGUGUUAACGAAGCUAUAGAAUGGGUGAAGAAGCUGGCCCCUUUAAAACCAUUGUGGAUAGAAGAGCCUACAUCACCCGACGACGUGCUGGGCCACGCUACUAUAUCUAAAGCACUAAGACCAUAUGGGAUUGGUGUGGCGACAGGAGAGAUGUGCGCUAACCGCGUCAUGUUCAAGCAGUUUCUGCAGAGCGGCGGCAUGCAGUACUGCCAGAUUGACUCCGCUAGGAUCGGCAGUGUCAACGAGAUACUCUCGGUUUAUAUCAUGGCUGAGAAACUUAAAGUAAAAGUGUGUCCACACGCCGGUGGUAUAGGCCUGUGCGAGAUGGUGCAACACCUUCAGUUUUGGGACUACGCCUCUCUCUCGGGAACAAUGGAAGGGCGACUCAUAGAAUACGUAGACCAACAACAUGAACACUUCGUCGAUCCUUGUAUAGUAGAGAAUGCGAGAUAUCUGGCGCCAAAGAUACCCGGAUAUAGCACAGAGUUCCUGCCAGGAACUUUAGAAAAGUAUGCAUACCCUAAUGGUAGCGAGUGGCAGAGAAUGUUCAAAGAAGGAAUAUUUCCACCGCCCGAUGAAGCUGAACUAGUCAAUUAAUAACGACAAACUAUAUACAAAAUUAUCUUUUAUUUCAUUUAUACCUAUAUUUACAUUAAAAAACUAAUAGUCAAGCAUAAAAAAACGAGUUGUCAGUCAAAAAGUUAAAUCGUUAAUAAAUUAGCUUAAUUCUAA